AUGCAGUACACGAUCCUUGCCACUCUUUUCCUCGCCGCCACGGCUCUGGCUGCCCCUGCGGAUUCUACUGCCACAUCUUCAGGCACUGAUUCCGCCGAUAGCGAUAAUGCUUACGACAUUGCGGAUGUACCCAGCUCCAUCAUGACGGUUCUGGCAACGGCCAUCCCGUCCUCUUGGUAUAACGACAUCAUGGACCCCACCUCCCUCUCUUCGAUUGUCAGCGAAGUUGCGGCUGGAACCUACCCCGCUUGGUACAACGCACUGCCUAGCAGCGUCAAGGCAUGGGCCACUUCCAACAUCAAUGACCAGAUCUUUGAUGCUACGGCAACCGCCGAUAGCAGUGCUGCUCAGACUGAGACUGCUGAUAACAGCGCCAUCGAAACUGGCUUCUCCACCGCUGCCAGCCAGACCUCCAAUGCUGUCGAGAUCUCUUCCAAUGCUGCCGAGACCACUUUGGCUUCCACUCCCUCCUCAGACUCUAGCUCUGACGCUGCCAUCACCCCCUCUGCCUCCAGUUCUGAUUCGAGCUCCAGCUCUACAUCGUCUUCUCCCUCUUCUUCGAAAUCUACUGGUGGCGCCCCCGCUCCCACUGGAGGCAUUGCCUUGAGUGUUGCUGGUGCAGCUGGUGCUUUGGCUCUGGCUCUGGCCCUGUAG